UCCCUUCAGACUAAUCCCUGUAGCGAAAUGGUAUCUAUCACCAAACUCAUUCUGGCUGCCACCAGCAUCGUUGGCACUGUCGCGGUCGCGGUCCCAACGGGUGUCAUCGAACGGUAUAUGGAGGACUCUGGUCUUCUACAAGCUCGUGCUCCAGCCACGAUCACUAUUGGAGACCCUAUCGGGUUUCCUUACUACUGGUGGACGGAUGGUACCGGUAGCGCCAACUUUACGAACGGUCCUGGUGGGCAAUUUAGCGUGACCUGGUCUGGGGGUCAUUUCAUUGGUGGAAAGGGAUGGAAUCCCGGCUCUUCUUCGAGGACUAUCAACUACAGCGGC